AUGAAAUGUGCAGAGCUUUCACCCGGAAAACUAUCUAUUGAUGAAGCAGCCUCGAUUACUCUCUAUUCGAUGGAAUGGCAGCCGCAAGAUGAGUGUCUUUAUCAUGUUUUAAAUAAAACCUUACGAAAUGGAAAUCGCCAAAAACUGACACCUUGGUUUCUUUUUCUCAAAUUGAUUCUCACUGCACUGGCUCACCUUCCGUCAAUGGCUCGAACGGUUUAUCGCGGUGUUAAGAAAGACAUGAGAGAUGAAUAUCCAGAAGGAAAGACACUUGUUUGGUGGGGAUUCAGCUCUUGUACGUCCAAGCUAAAUGUACUAAAGAACGAACAAUUUUUGGGUGAAACAGGCCCAAGAACAUUCUUUACGAUUGAAUGCGACAGUGGCAAAGAUAUCCGAAAAUAUUCUUGCUAUCAAGCUGAAGAUGAAAUUCUUCUGCCAGCUGCACGGCAAUUUAAAGUCGUGUCAUGCCUCAGUCAAGGUAAAAAUUUUUACAUGAUCCAACUCAAAGAAAUUCAGCCGCCAUUUCCACUAAUUGAACUUGUACCACAACCAUCACCAUCGUCAGAACCAGAACCACCACCACCAAUGCCUAUUGUACCGAAGCCACCAAUUCAACCG